CAUUUAUCCUACUAACUUAACUCGGAAAACAUUAGUCACGCAGUCGACGUACUUGUAGGUAGUCAUACAUGGCACGCACGUUAUAAAAGGAAGACCACUUGAGUUGACCUUUCAUAAUUUAAUUCUCAUUUACACAAGUCAUUAUUUAGUCAUACCAAUUCGAGCAGUCAGUAACGAACAGGCAACAAAGAAAAAUAUGGAAUUUAAAGGAUUUUUCGUUUUUGUGGUUGUCACUGCAGUAAUUUGUGUUCGUAGCGCACACGCGCUUCCAAGGGACAAUACUGUGAUAAAAUAUGAAGACAUAGCGAGUCAUAAUAAUGGAAUUAUAGAACAGAAAAAAUCGAGCUCUACAGAUCAACCACUUGGAGAGGAAAUUAAGCCGCCGGUUUCGGUUGAGAACAACGGAGCACCAACAAAACCAGCCCACGGACGAGUAUCGUGCCAGUUUGAAGAAGCCACUGAGACUCCAGAAUGUCAAGAACACUGCAUACCGAAGGGAUACUCCUACGGUCUAUGUAUUGGACACAAGUGUAGCUGUAUAUAAAGUAGUUUUGACGUAAAUCUACAUGUCACAAGCAUCUUUUGGAAGUACAAGUCUUGACUUCAUUUUAUUAAAUGUUACACAGUAUCGCACUGAUGUUGAUCUCUUUGACUAAAUAAAUUAAAAUUUUGGGGACGCAAUAAAAUAACUUAUCGUAUAAA